CCCCGCCCCGAUCCCAUCCCGCCUAUAAGAUCGCCAGGCGGAGGCUAGCGCACGCCAUUUCCUUCCCACCUCCCCUCUCGCCGCCCGCCGCGCCGUGGUGCUCCUCGCCAGCGGAACGCAGCCGUGCAGCGAUUUGCUUCGCGCCGCCAGUUAUCUAGUGGUUGCAUGGCGUCCACGCCCGCGGGCCUCUACGGCCGCCUGAACAGGACGAGCACGCGCGCGUUCCUCGCCUACGUCGCCGCCGGGGCCGCCUGCGCCGCCGUGCUCGCCUGCUUCGUCGUCUCCUCCGCCGACCCCGCCGCCGCGCCCAAUGGCGCGCCCCGCCUCUCAUCGCGCUCCGCGCGCGUCUGGCCCGAUCUCGAGUUCAACUGGCGGCUGGUGGUGGCCACCGUCGUCGGCUUCCUCGGCUCCGCGUUCGGCACCGUCGGCGGCGUGGGCGGCGGCGGCAUCUUCGUGCCCCUGCUCAACCUCGUCCUCGGCUUCGACACAAAGUCCGCCGCCGCGCUCUCCAAAUGCAUGAUCAUGGGGGCGUCCGCGUCGUCGGUCUGGUACAACCUGCAGGUGUCGCACCCGACCAAGGAGGCGCCGGUGCUCGACUACAAGCUCGCGCUGCUCUUCCAGCCCAUGCUCAUGCUCGGGAUCACCAUCGGCGUCGAGCUCAGCGUCGUCUUCCCCUACUGGCUCAUCACCGUCCUCAUCAUCAUCCUCUUCGUAGGUACUUCCUUGCGAUCGUUCUACAAAGGCAUCCUCAUGUGGAGGGAGGAGACAAGGAUCCUGAUGGAGACCAGGGAGCGAGAAGCCCAGUCCAAGUCUUCUAGUGCCACCAGCGAUGUGGUUCUUGACGCGAGUUAUGCGGAGCCUCUCCUGCCUCAAUCUAAGCCCAUUGAGAAGUCUGGCUUGGAGACUUUGAUGUUCAAUUUGAGGUGGAAGCAUAUCCUAGUGCUACUGGCUGUUUGGUCAUCUUUCUUGGUGCUGCAAAUCCUUAAGAACAACUCCAAAACAUGCAGCACUUUCUACUGGGUGAUCAAUAUCCUGCAGGUCCCAGCUGCAGUAAGUGUUUUCGUGUGGAAAGCGGUUCAGCUGUGCAGGGAGAGCCGUGCUAGACGCAUGAAUGGUAACCUGGAGUGUGUCUGUGAGGCCAAUAUUGAGUGGUCACCGACGCAGCUCAUCUUCUGCGCCUUCUGCGGCCUCCUGGGCGGUACAGUCGGUGGUCUUCUUGGGUCUGGAGGGGGUUUCAUCCUCGGCCCACUACUUCUUGAGCUAGGGUGCAUCCCUCAGGUUGCAAGUGCAACAGCAACAUUUGUGAUGAUGUUCUCCUCGUCCCUGUCUGUGGUCGAGUUCUACUUUCUGGGCAGGUUCCCAAUUCCUUAUGCUCUGUACUUGAUCUUCAUUUCCAUACUGGCUGGAUUCUGGGGCCAGUGCUUGGUCCGGAAGAUCGUGCAUGUGCUCAAGAGAGCGUCGCUGAUCGUCUUCAUCCUCUCCUCCGUCAUCUUCGCCAGUGCUCUUACCAUGGGUGUUGUCGGGACCGAGAAGAGCAUCUCGAUGAUCAACAAGCACGAAUACAUGGGGUUCCUCAGCUUCUGCUGAGUGAGCAAACCAAGCAGGCGACCGCCAGACCGGGGGAGAACCCAGGCCAAUACCUAAUUGACCUCACCUCUCCCCAGUCCACUUGAGUGCAAGGAUGAAAUAAAAGAAGCCGUGACGCGUGCCCGUCGUUAGCUCCUCGCUAACCUGCCCGGCCAAGGAAAUUCUUCUAGUAGCAGCAGUCGGUGAUUCGCGCGUUAGCUCCUGGCUAACGCGCACAUAGUGUCAUGGUCUUGUGGCGCGGCGUCGUGCCGUAUGCUGGAUGUUCUUUUUGUUGGGUCAUGUGCUGGUUAGCUCCUGGUUAACCUGCAGUGAAGCAUUCGUCGUAGGGUUUACGCCGAUUCAUUCAUGCGCUAGCUAGCUCUUGGCUGGCUACCGUGCAAACGUUGGUUGUAUUGGAUGAUGUAAAUAUAUCAGCCGGCCAAUUGGUUGCUGAUUUGUCUAUAUAGCUUGCUUUGCUCCUA